AGGGGACAUUCUUCCUUUUAACUCCUCAUGGGGUUUGAUAUACCUGGUACACUAUGACGGCCUGUUCAGGUGGCCCCGCCUUCUCCUCCCUCUCCGUUCUGGCUCGUGAGCGGACUGCGCUCCAGGGGGGGACACAAGUCAGAACUCUCCUCCUCUAUUGUUCUGGAUUUGGAGCGGAACGGGACGCGCGGCAGUCUGUCGGUAUGACGGGCUCGAGCGGCGUUCCGUGCCUUGGGAUUCUGCUUCUCGUUGCUGUCCUGCUGCAGACAGUGGCCGUCACCGUCACCGUGCUAUACUUCACCAAUGUUCUCAAUUCGAUGAAGGAGACGUUCGCCAGGGGCAGCGUCUCGUGCCUCACACGCGCCAAUCUGCGGGGUGCCUACCUGCGCGCGGCCGAAGAGGGCCGCGGGGACCCGUGUUGGCAAGUCACGCAGCAGCUGCACAGCCUCAUUGAAAAGUCCUUGUCCCAGAGAUACCAGUCGGAGAUCUCCACAGCGGUCAAAGAUGAGGUGUCACGGGUGUUGCCCUCACUUGUAAUGGAAGACAUUGCUUCACCCCGCCCCAAAGUGGCCGCCCACGUCACAGGAAGCUACGCGUCCACAGUGGAGAUGGAGGAGGGAGUUUCUGCCAUCCGUCGCAUCCAGGGGCAGAAGAUUACGUGGUGGGAGGGGCAAAAGGGCCUUGCCUUCCUGCGAGACAUCCGAUUGGUUGACGGGGAGCUGGUGGUGCCACGCCCGGGCCUGUACUAUGUCUAUGCCCAGACCUACUUCAGACACAGCCAUCCCCAGGAGGAGGAGGGGGAGGAGGGGGAGGACGAGGACAGAGGGAGGCCCAUGCUCCAAUACGUGUACAAGAAGGUCACCUCCUACGUGGUUCCCAUCCUGCUGAUGAAGACCAGCCGUACCCCCUGCUGGUCCCGGGUCUCCCAGUUCUCCCUCCACUCCGCCCACCAGGGGGGGCUCUUCCCCCUCACCGCGGGUGACCGCCUCUUCGUCACCGUGAGCAACGCCUCCGCCGUCGACAUGGACGAGAGAAGCAGCUUCUUCGGGGCCUUCCUGCUCAGCUAGGGGAGGGUCAUAGGCCAAAGACGGGAGCCAGGGAGUUGAGGGGGGGGGGGGGGGGUCGGGCUUGGGGAGUGAGACUGCAGCACUGUGACUGGACUAGAGGGGGAGAUAGUUCUAGCCAAACUGAGGCAAGCCAAAUACAAACAUCCUUGUCUGUUUAGCUCUCAAACCAAAGGUGGAGACAAAAGGGAUCGGUUGAAACAUCUGGGUUUUUCUUAAGAGGAUUGUUGUGGAUUGCCUCCUUCCAACACUCUCCAUCCAAACACAAGUGACUUAUUUUCCUUAUACAGGAACUCGUCCUGUACUGGGACAUGGGAUACCUGUAAAUACGGGUACUGUGUGGUUUCUGAUGUUCCGAUUUGUACAGCAAAAUGCUUGUUUUUCCUUCCACGAUUGUAGCCCAUCACAGCCAACGAUGACAUACCCAACGAGAAGAGCACUGCAAGUGAUUUACCUUGGCACCUUCCACGGCUCACUGCUUUUGGUGUCAACUGUCGGUUUAUUGACGCUGUGUGUAGACUUGUGUAUCAACUCGUUCCUCAGUUUAGGGGUGAGGGAGUCAGCCUGUUCUGCUCGACUCAGCAACGACACUGCCAAUUGUUGAUUCAUAACUUGUGUAGAUCCAAACAGUGUGUGUGUGUCUGGGGGGGGGGGGGGGGGGGUUAGAGAGCAUGGUCUUCUCAUCAAACUAUCCUCACUCCUUCUCAAGGUUUAUAUUGACCCCUACCAAACAUUGUAGCCAUAAAACCAUGAGGAUGUUUUUAAAACGAGUGGAAGGAGUUGUUUAUGAGCCUUUGAAGAGUACCCAGUAAAGAACAAUUGAAUGUGAAUGUAAAUAUAAAAUGGACCGAGUCUGUAAAUUUGUAUGAGAUAAAGACAUUGUGAAAGCCC